AUGGUUGGGCAUGUAGCGCGGUUCUGCACGCUUCCCCCACGGUGUGUUAAGUGUGCAGGGGAGCACGCCAGUCUCGACUGCACACGGCAGCGGAGACAUGGCCCACCCAAAUGCAUUGGAUGUGGUGGGGAACAUGUGGCCUCCUACCGCGACUGUUCCAGCUUCCAACGGGCAGCGGCACGGAGCCGUGGCCACCGACCUGGCUCAAUAAAGCGACCUGCACCUGUCAGACCUGGAGUCAGUUUUGCUGCUGCUGCUACCUCUGGCUCCUCACCGCAGGCCUCCAUACCUGCGACGAAGCCGGCCACUGUUGCAACACGGGACACGGCGCGACUACCAGCACGGCACUCUGAACAGCAGUGGGGUGAAGACCAGGGCAACACGACCACUCCCAACAGGGACGACAGGCUGACGUCGUGGCAAGCCCGGCUCAACACUCACGAGCUGCAACUGUACCAUCCCAGGAGGCCGAUUCCAGCAUGGACGAAAUGA